AUGACAUCACCCCCUACUCCCCCCUGUCAGGUACGUUGUAAAUGCAUCUCAUAAAUUGAUUGCAGGUGCUGUGUGCAUAUGUUUAUUACAUCUAGUUAUUAGAAAGUAACUAAAUGCACCGCUCAAAAAAGACAUGAUUUUACUUUUUUUUUUUUUUUCUCCUGUAGACAUUCCAUAAACUAUGACAGGUACUUAAAAAAAAAAAAACAAUAGUAACCUGCAGCACCUCACAUCGAGUAACGUUAUUGUAUUCAUUGGAUGCAUGGCUUACAUGUGUGCUACAAGUUUUAACCUGUGUGUCCGCCGUCAUGGCCCUAAUACAAGAUGUCAUUCGAUAUUUUAAUUAUCUGUAUGCUGUAAAUACCCAGACCUGCAUUUGUUGCAAAGCCAAAGAAAAUGCAAGCUGAGGGUGUUUUCAAGAUUAAAAGCACAGUUAAUAGUUUGUUUUCAGAAUUCUAUUAAAAAUGUCUUUACCUUCAAUGUAUUAUUGUUUAAUAUUAUAGUGAACAGAUAAGUUGGUAAUCUUUUUGUUUAGAGAAACUACAUAGUCAAUUUGGUGUGUGGUCAAAGGUAGACUGUCAGCUGUUGCUGCAUAUCAGUCUAUUGGCCUCACCUGAUUUGUAUUUUACUUUUUGUGCAGAAUGUUUUCUUGUGUGAUUAUGUGGUUUUUUUUUUUUUGGUUUUUUUUUAAAUUAUUUUAUUUCUGUAAUUCUUUUCAGCCCAUCAAAAACAUUAAGGAAAUAGUUUCCUUGUAUCGUGACCUAAGCCAUUAUCCAACACUUUACAGUGCAACCGUUGGACCUGAUGUCACUACGCAAUAUGGCGGCAAAUAUUGCAACAUCUACACUGGUAAGCAAUGUUAUUGAUUAUUUCCCCCUAUGCUUAGACCAUGCAUGGCUGUUAGAUUUAAAAUAUAUAUAUAUAUAUAUUCCAAGAUAAAGGAGUACUCCUUCUAUUGCAUAUGCAUCUUCAGCAUUAGACUCAAAGCGCUAUGCCACCCACCCAAGGAGUAUUUUGUAAAGAUAAAAUCUUUAUGAAAUACUCACAUUGACUGUGAUAGAAUUUCCAACCCAGUCAAGAGUUAUGCUAAAGACAAGAAGGGACUACUCAGUCUUAGUAUUUUUCCUCUGCUUGACAAAACUUGACAAAAGGCGGAGCUACCUUUUUUCCAAGUCUUAUCAUUUCCCCCAUCCGUCACUAGUGAUGGCUGUAGGAAAAAAGGCUUUUCUCAGGACCUUGCAUAGACCUCAUGUUAUGUGCACUCCUAAUGACAGAAGAUGAUUGGCAGGAAGACCAUGGCAGGACAGGUUUAGGUAAGUAUAACUCACUUUAUCCAAGAACCCUGCAGCCCUUGGACACCCAGCGGAGCAGUCAUCAAAAGGCGACAGAGUUGCUUUAUAGGUUUGCUCCAGGCACCAUGACCAUGUCAGCAUUUUGAAGUUUUCUUUGGUGUCUGUAUAUGCAGCUUUUCAGUGCACACUGAUAUAUUUAAGUUUCCUGCUGAUGUAUAAGUCCAACACUGUCAGUAGUAGUUCAGAAUGAGAGUUCUUGGUCUGGCUAAUGUAAAUUCCAUGGCAAUGGCAUCACAGCAAAAGGCUAAUGGCACCACAGUCCACCUUCAUCAUGUGACCUAAAUACUCCCAUCCCUUAAGCCCAUCCUCCGGGAUGUCCCGUCUCCUUCAGUAAGGGCAGAUAAUGCCACUAGAGGAGGAUUGAGCUACAGUGAGAACUUGGUCUUGAACAUUCUAGCAAGGCUUAGUUAAUUUAAAAGUAUGUUUUUAAUUUUUUUAAAUUGCUACUCCAAGUUUAAAUAUGUGUUUCUUAUUAUUAAACCAACUGGUAUUUCUAAAGUGCCAACGUAUUUCAUAAUAUUGUUUAUGUGCACAAAUAAGUAUAAUGUAUCAGCAUUUGCAUGCAGUAUGAUCAAUGUCUCUUCGCUUUGUUCUGUUUCAGAGUGGACACAGAGAGAUCUUGAUCGCAACGAGCAAGUAAAAUUUUGCCGACAGUACAUAGUGUUCCAUGAUAAUAACACCAUUGUGUAUUCAGGUGCCUGUGGGAAUAGCUGCGAGAUCAAGGGAGAGUAAGUAGAUUGCACAAGAACAAGGGAGCAAUUUAAAAUCGAGAGGGAGUGGGUGCAGUAUGAGGCUGAAUAAACGGAGAGCUGUGCUCUCUAAACUCGGACCUAUGGAGAAAACAUAGAACUGUAAGAAAAAACCUAGUUGGAGAAUUUUUCCAGUUUGGUUAUUUUUCCUAACAGAUGCAAUCACUUUUAUCAGUUCUCCAUAAUUUCUGGUUUAGUGGCACAGGGCACUGCUCCAAGGACAAGUGCUAGCUUACAUCACACCUCCAUUCUGCAAAAAGUGGGAACAUAUUCAAUGUAAAGAAAUGGCAAGAUUUCCUAGAUUUUUUUAGUAGAGCUAUUUUGUUUCUAGCUUGGCUGUCCAAAUAAUUUGCUUGUCUGUUAUCCAUCAUGUUAACCCUGUCAUGUUUUGAAUGACUGCUACCCUACCAAACUAGCCAACAUCUACAUUCCAUACCCAUUAUAUAGACACAACAAUACAAAAUGAGUGUCCCUGGAGGAGGGGAUGGGGCAUAGAGACCCUUUGCAAUUUCAUGUGUUACCACAGUGCAACUCGUAGUCAAACACAUCACAGCAUUCCCUAAGGCUGCUGAGGAGAUAAAGGGCGGUGCGGGGCCUCUCUACACAGUGGAGUAGACUGCACUGUCUCUUCUGUAACCCUGCUUCCCUGAGGGCUGCCUUUGUUAGCCUUUUGCUGGUGAAGAGAGAAAGGUAUUAGGGAGGUUCACCAUUUAAUAGCCCAAGACUCAGUAGUGACUAGUGUGUACCUGGUUUAGUACCAGCUCUAACAGACUGAAUUAUUUCAGGCAGCCCAACUCGAACACUUUGUGCUACUCUUUAUACAAAAUUACCCAAAUGGGGAGUCCACCUUUUAUGAGUUAAUUGCACGUAUGCUGUUCCUACUGUAUUAACACAUUAUAUCAGUGAUGUUGUCUCUAGAAGGGGGGGGGGGGUGUGAUUUAAGUGAGGUGUUGGAUGAGAGCGGGUGAAAUAAAAUGUUUAUCAAUACACUGCAUAUCAUCCAAUCAACCCAUGUCAACAAAAAAAUGCCAUAACAUCCUGCUGUGAUGGUAUCUGCACCACACCAGAAUGGGAAAGAUCCAUUCAGGUAUGACUUCAUCUUGUUUCAGGAGAUGCGAGGUGGGUACAUACAUACAUGGUCGUGGUGUCCUAAGGUUUAGCCACUAUGGCCGACCUUAUUGGAAAAGCUGUCUCGAUGCCUUUUUGUGACUCUACCCCCUAGAGCCCUAUGUGGCCUUUCUUAACAGGGAAUAAAAGAACAGUUCCUUAUCCCGUGCAGCACAUAAACGUAUGUAUAAAGUCUGCGCAGCCUUAUGACUGCUUGACCAAAACAUUGAAGGGCUAUCCUGCAGCAUCUGCACAGGUGGAAGUUAGUAUCUCGUAUAUUCUUAAAUUGAAAAACAUGACCAUCUAAAUGAGACUAAGGACCACUUUCUCAAAAAUUGGACCCAUGUCUGGAGGUUUUUGCUCCUCUGGACUCCCCACUAGACCUUCUGGUGGCAUAGUUUUGAGGGGGGGUCCACCACCCACUCACUUUGCUAGGGGACACCUUCCCACUUUUCCCAACUCACCCCUUUACCUUGUCUUUCCCAUACUGCUUAAGACCAACAUGGCACUGUAUGUCAGGGAUUCCACUUGUGAGGACACCUGCCAAGGUAUUUUAUUACUUGUUGCUGUUCUUCUCCACUGGGAGAUUUAUUUCUAAUACCUGACUUUUAACUUGUUAAGCAAAAAAUUCAAUGAACUUCUCAAUUACAAAAAGGAAGCUAAGGGUAUGAUUUGAUAUUAUUGUUCCAGGUCCUUCAGAACCUUUUGUUUCUUGUUAACACGUGUAAUAAUUUGUUUCUUUGUUUUCUCUUUUACUCCUUUUGUAAAAUGCUAAUAUGAUGGAACAGUUUAACUGGCAUUGUUGAAUAAAUAUACAAUAUGGCUCAAAAUUUCAAGUCCUAUGGUGCUAGCCAGGUAUUAAAAGUCACUGGCCACAGAUCUUUCAUGUCUCACCAUUGGUGAAUUUCUAUUCACCAGCGCAAAAUUUUCACUUGCCAAUGGCUAGUGGCAAGUGUAAAUUUUGAGCCCUGUAACAUAUAUGUCUCUGUGUGUGAGGACAACAGCUAAAAACAUUAUCUGCCGGCUGAAAUAAUGGACAGAUCAGAUAUUUAUUUCUGGCAUCAGGAAAAAAGUUACUUUUAUAUAUAUAUUUUUUUUUUUAUAUCCCUCCCCCAGGCUGCUCAGCAAAGAGUCCCUUUCUGGAUCACUGAAAGCUGUCCUACGAGACACCACCAAUGCCAAAGGGGAAAGCACGCAGUUCUUGGAGGUAAGAGGAACAUAUAGAUAUGGGGAAGGGGAGCAGUCGUUUCUUAAUGAAUACCAAGAGCGAUCAGAUGAGUGUUUGUGUUUCCCAGCUAGCUGUUAUUUCUUCCUUGUCUAGGUGUGGGACAAGAAUUGCAAAAUAAAGAGCAUCAACCUGACCUCUCUCGAUAAGCAUGGGAAGGUGUAUGAGGAUGGUGAGUUACAUUGUAUCUGCCUGAUACAGGUUCCUUGCUUCCACAGAGACUGUAAUGGGGAUUAAUAACACUCUGUCAGUGGGGUAUGCAGGAUGUGACUGAUCCCCAACAUAGUGGGAGGGAUUUUUAUCUACAUCUUUGGUUUAUUAAAUGACCUUCCGAUCUGGCACUUCUCAUACCAGUAUGAGAGCAGGUUAGUUAUUCUGCCCAUGCGUUGCCUGUUUUCUUUAAUAUAUUAAAGGGACACUAUAGUGUUAGGGAUAGUAAUAUGUAUUCCUAACACUAUAGUGCCCUAGUCGUCAUUUAGGUGAAAAAGCCUGCAAUGCCAGGGUUAAAAAAAUUGUGCAGGUCUCCUCAGUGAGAUUCCACCUCUUUGGCUGAGAUCAUCAAUGUUGAUAUUCCCAGCCAAUCUAGUGCCAUAGCAUUGGGAGGCUAGUGCUCAUGUGUGGCAAAAUGCAGAGCUAUGCAAAUCAGAUGGUCUCUCUGGAACAUCUGACUGAAAGUUUUACUUUACUUUGCUAUUAUUACAGAAGCUCCUGUAGUGGCUGUCAGGGACAUUCACUAGAGGCAGGUUAAUCCUGCAAAAAAUAAAAACGCAGUUCCUGGUGAUUAACAAUCAGGGUUAAAUCAGGGGGCACAUGGCACCCAGACCACUCACUUAGAUAUAGUGUUCCUUUAAAUAUGUGUAUUGUUUAAACAGUAUCCUAUCAUUUCAAUGGUUUCUUAUAUUGAUUGGGGGAAGAAGUAUUGCUUAUGGUACACCAAGAUAAUUGAAUGGAUUCUGUUGUUCAUCUGUUAGGCUUUGUGAACUUGUCCAUUCUCUGAUAAACACUAAUCAUCAUCUCUUCUAGACCAGUUUGGAUGUCUGUCCUGGUCCCAUUCCGAAUCUCAUCUAUUGUAUAUUGCCGAAAAAAAGAGACCCAAAACAGAAAGCUUCUUCCAGAUUGAUUCUAAAAAUCUUGGCUCAGGAGUGUCUGAUGGGAAGGAAGAUGCUAUCCCAAAACCUAUCAAGGUAAAGAUAGCAUUGCACGAUCCUUAAUAACUAGCUCACAUACAGUUUUUACACACUUGUAGAAGAAAGGAAUCCUUUAAAUUGUACCUUAGGGCAGUGAAUAAAAAAUACCGCUCCACAGUUUGUAGAAUUCAUAUGCUUUUGGAGGGAAAUCACUCAGUGAAGGAAGGAUCCUUGAUUAGUUAAUUAACUUCCCUUCUACGGGGUACGACUUCUACAUAUGGCAUUGUAAAUAAUGCCACCAAUGGUUCUAGAAACGUCCUAAUAAAUUAUGGUUUACAAAUUUCUGCAAAACCCAGAACAUACAUUUCACUACUAUAUAUAUUUCAUGUUACGUGAUAUUUGUAGGCUUGAACUUGUGUGUUGAGGGACAAACUUUGCACCAAAACCACUGCAUCAUAAUGUAGUGGUUUGGGGGCAGAAACUCCCUCUUUGCAGCAACAAGAGACUCUUCUUUGUUAAAAUUUCAGUAACUGUAAUUGGGAUGUGGAGUGAGAGGCAUAAGUGAGGGACGUGGAGAAACGGCAGUGCAGAGAAUAGUGAAGCCAAAAAAUGAAAACAUUUAUUCAGCUCCAUACACUCCACCCUAAUACUGUCUGCAUUCACACAAAUGCCACACAUAUAUACGUCAGCAUCCCACACAGACACGACAAACAUAUAUACCCUUACAUUCACACACAUGCACCACAGAAAUGUAGCCCUGCGACCCCAAAUACACAUAAACACACCCCUGCAUCCACAAGUAGACAGAUCUAUUCACUUUAUACACAUACUCACUCUCUUACAUACCAUGCAAAAUGGCAUAGCAUAUAGGAUCAUGGAAUGAAUGUGGAAUAAUCUGGCUUGUAUGACAUUGGAAUGGAAUAUACAGUAACACAGCAAACUGGAUAAGUGGAUGGAAAAGUAGAUUAUAUAGCACAUGGAUCAAGAAAAGGAAUAUAAAAUCCUGGCUAGGAAUAUUCCAUGGUGUGUGAUUGUGGGAUUCAGUAUAAGAUUAUUUUGCUUUUGGGAUCAAGAGGUUAAAGGGAAAACAAGUGAGUCAAAGCAGGAGCCAACUGAGGUCCAUGUGGGUCAAGAGUUUGAUCCUGUGUGUUAUGAGGAGGAGUUUGGGAGAGGCAAGGUGUGACGCUUUAAGGAGGUCAUCAAAUUUUGUUUUGGGCUCAAGGCCUAGAUUUUUUUUUAUUUUUUUUUUAUUCGGAAUUCCCUUUUUGUAUUUUUAACUCUUCAGGGUGAUCAGUUUGUGUUCCAUGAGGACUGGGGAGAAGGCCUGGUAAAUAAGAGUGUUCCAGUUUUGUGUGUUAUGGACAUCGAGAGUGGCAACAUUUCUGUACUGGAUGGAAUACCCGAAUAUGUGUCACCAGGACAGGUGAGACUUCCCUUUUGUUUUUUUCUGUCUCCUGUGAUUUUUGGAUUUUUAACAAUCCUCUCUAUCAUUCAUUUUAUUUAUUGUUUUUUUUUUCAUUUUUGGUUCUUCAUUAAGUUUGAUACCAUAAAUAACUAAAAUAUAUUUAUAUAAUAAAGACACACUCGGGAGCCAGGUGGUUAGACUUGAGUGAAAUAGAAUCUAACUUAAUGUGGCUCUGAUACCUCAAACAUACCUAUUUCAGAGUCUGUUCUUUGUGUCUUUAUUUCUAAUCUAUUUGCCCUUAAGACAUAAGUCAAAGUAGGGACUUCUUUGUCGUAUGCAUUUUUCCUACACCUGACAAUUGUGACAAAAAGGUGGAGUUUAAGGCAUGCUCCACUUCCCAUGUCAAGCUAGCAAAUACCUCAAUCUGAAUACUUGUUGGUGUUACACUUACUGCACAUUACAGCAUGAGUGAAAUGGAGUUCCUGGAUCUUAUCAUCCAUCUAGAACAGGGAUAGGCAACCUUCGGCACUCCAGAUGUUAUGGCAAAGCAUCAUGGGAGGUGUAGUCAAAAACAUCUGCAGUGCCGAAGGUUGCCUAUGCCUGAUCUAGAAGAUAGAAAACUAAUACGAAAACCCAUUUUGAAGAAGUCAUCGUUAACAGUUUUCUUAAGAGAGAGUAACCAAUUCAGUGACUUCCUGCAACUGAGAAUAAACUGUUUAUGGACAAAGAAGAAUAUAAAAAAACAAACAAAUUUGAGGCUCAGAGCCAUUGAGAAAGUUGAAAUGUGUUUGGCUAGAGUCUGCUUUUAUUGCUACGAAAGUCAUAAAAAUCUGGAAGGCAAAAUUGGCUUUGUUAUAUGAACUUACACUGAAUCUGAAAAAGUAGCUAAAUAGAAUUCUCCUCUAAUGUGAGAUCCGCAUUUUAUGAUAUGCUUGUAACUGUACAAUGCUAUUGGCGACUUUUUGUCUUUGAUCUUCCUCUUCAUUACCUUUUCUCUCCACUCUAAUAGCUCUCAAAAUUAAAUCCAAUUGGGUACACAGUGAAUUAGAUCUAAGUCUACAUUGAAGGAGACAUAAUCAUUAGGACUGUUAAAGUUUCUACAUACAAUUUGGGAGUUAUUGCUUACAAAAUAUAAAAUUGUAAAUAUACACGUUUUAUAUUUUACAUUGCAUAUGCUUGUACACAUAACUACCUACCUGCAUGAUAGGUUAGAUGUAUAUCCUACUUAUAGAACUGCUGCCCCUAAUGGAUUUCCUACACCAUAAUGCUAUCCUAAGUUAGUCUAUUAGAUUUUUGCUUUUAAACAUCCCUAGAUUUGAGUAUGUGUAAUAUACCUUGACUAUACUUUGGGUGUGGUACUUGUGGUAAUUUUUUAAAUUAAUUGAUUUAUAUAUGUGUAUAUAUAUUCUCCUUUUGCACUUCAACAAAAUAUUUAGUUGUAUCUAAAUUGUAAACCAAAUGUAUUUGCAUAAAACAAAUUUUGGUUGCAAUCAUAAAAAAAAACGUGAAUAAAUUAUGGGUGUACACUCUGGGAAUUGUGUAUGGAUGAGUCCGGUAGUGAAGGGGUUAAGCUUCAUAUGUGCAUGUCUUUUGGACUAAAUGUUUGGUGGGAAGUUAACUAGCCCAAUAUAUAGGUUCAAUUUGUAUAUCUACAUAUAUGAUCUUGUAGUAUUUUUUGCAGUAUAAUGUUUAUUAAACUUUGAGAUUAAAUUGCAAAAUAAGUGUGAGAGGAAGCUGAACAGUGUUGCCAUAUAAAACUAAUUGACCGUAAGAAAUCUCCAGAAAGAUGAAGAUAAGACUAGGAAUCUAACAAUUAAAAAAAAAAAAUGGAAAAGGAAAAGCAGCAGGUUUCUAUGUAUAACUAUUUCUGCGUUUCUGCUCCAGGGCACGUUUUUUUAGAGAUUUUUUUAGCAGUUUUAAGUUCCACUUUUGGCUUUGGUUUCACCUCCUUGUUACAUCGAAUCCCUUUUUCUUUACCAUAGGCAUUCUGGUCCCCUGAUGACACUGGAGUUGUGUUUGUCGGCUGGUGGCAUUCCCCUUAUCGACUUGGCUUAAAGUAUUGCCCCAAUAGGAGGUGAGAUUUGCCCCAAAUGUGAACCUUAACAUAGCACUUUUUCCAAUAAUCCCACUGACCUGAUUUUUCUACUCCUAGAUCUGCACUGUUUUUUGUGGACCUGACUGGCGGCAAAUGUGGUGAGUGAGUAGGAUUGGUGCAGUUUGAAAAUGUUAUUCUCUAAUCCAGGAAUAGUUGGAGAAUUGGCAAAGGAAUUGCACAUUUUAAUUUGUGCCCAUAAAUGUUAUUGCUUUGAGAGCACAUUCCAAAAUUAAAGUGCUCUGGAUAAAUGUCCAUACACAGUCUGUCGUGUCCAUACACAUCUUGUGUGAUGCAUAUCCUGUGAAUAAUAUAAAGUGACACUCCACCGCCUAAAUACAAAAUAAAUAAAAAUCACUCUGUAGUAGAUAUACCCCAAAUUUUUAUUGCGGUGUGUGUAUAUAUAAAAACAUCUUGCAAAAGUUGCUGUUCUGUCUUUUGCAAGCCCUCCCCUUCUAACUCCAUCCAUAUUUUCCAUAGCUGUCCAAUCACAGGCUUCCUAUUGCAGCUCAAUGAUAAUUCUUUGCAAGGCUCUGGGCUAUUGCUGCCUCUUGAGUUUAGCUCCACUGAGCUAACCAAACCAGGAAGUAACAGGGCCAGUUGUCUACUUUAAAGCCAGGGGAGUGUAAUCAGGUUCAUUUAUAAAAGUGUCAAUUUAUUUUGAAAGCUGCCCUUUUUGCAAAAUUAAAUAAGGAUUAUACACUCGUCAUACAUACAGCUGUUUAACAAGCUAAACUGAUUUUGGGGUCUGGAGUGUCCCUUUACACAAGAUUUUAGAAAGACUUAACAUACUGGCUGAGCUACUAAGAAGUGCAAGGUUGGGAUUUAUAAACAAAGAGAUAGUUUAUCAGAUUAUUCAUCAAGAAUGGAAUCUGUCAACAAGGUGGUUAUAUGAGGGGGCAUAACUAGCACACAGGAAACAAGUGUCCAAAUGAUCAGUCUUAAGGGCAUGUGUAAACAUUUUAUGGAUUAGGUCAAGGUGCCAGUGGGACAAAAGUUGAAGUCUUUCCUUCAUGUGUAUACAUGUGGUGACUUAAUUUUUUAAAUUUUUUUUUUAAUUGUUUGGUAUUGGCAAUCAUAAUGUUUUAUUAUUCUGCUAAAUACUGACAUCAACUAUACUUCCAGUCCUGGGUUUUGUUCAUCACAAACAGAAACAUGAAUUGUUAUGGAAUAAACUAUUCCAUAUAUUGGCCUAAACUUUGAAAAUCACUUUCAAAUCCCGACAGUACACAUUUUAGUGAAUCCCUGUCUGCUACUUUUCUAGCUUAGUGUAAAGUUAAAAAGCUCUAUUUUUGUGAAUUCUCCUUUAUGUAUUUAUUUAUUUUGUAAUGUUUGCCUUCCCGCCCACCACCCCCUUUUUUUUUUUUGACCCUCCUGCCUUAUUUCAGAAACACUCUCCACGGACUCGGCUUCUGUUUUUUCACCCAGAUUGAGCCCUGACAAGUGCCGUAUAGUAUAUCUAAUGUGUGAACAAUUUGGACCUCAUCAGCAGUGCUGCAAACUGCUUAUGGUUAGUAUAAUCUUUUCCAUACACUUUUUCUACCCUGUUCAUUUCCAGCUAAUCUACUGAUUCACAGGUUUGGCAUGUCUAUUUAUAUAAUUAUGUGCCUGGCAUGUAUUUGAAUUUUAAGAACUUUAUUGAAUCUGACAAUAAUGGAGUAUAUUUAUCUCAAGUGUUCUGAAAAGCGAUGAUUCAAUUCUGUCCUUAUUUUGAUCAUAUGUCUUAUAGCAACAAAAAAAAAAAGAGUACAAGAGAAUACUGAGAAUUGACAACAGCUCAAGUAGCCUGCCCUUUGGUGGGUAACUGCUGAGAUCACAAGCUGUUUUAGCUCAUUACAAAGAAAACCUAGGCCUAUUGAAUAUGAUAUAAAAUUACCAAAAUGAGCGCACUUGAACUGAUGACAAAAUAGUUUCAAAAAUAGACAUAUAUAUAUAUAUAUACUCCAAACAAGCUUAUACAACACACAAUAAGUGCAAAAAAACCCCAACAAUUUAAGUGCAUAGACAAAAAAAAAAAAAAAAAGUGUAUAAGUGCUUUAGAGGUGAUGAGGCACUCAGUUCAGCUGCACUGUACCACAGUGACACAAAACGUAGUUACAAACCAGAUAAAAUUACCGAAAUGAGCACACUUGAACUGAUGACAAAAUAGUCUUCAAAAAUAGACAUAUCUAUUCUCCAAGCAAACUUAUACAGCACACAAUAAGUGCAAAAAAACAACAAUUAAUAUAGGCAAAAUAAACAAAAAGUGUGUAAGCGCUAUAGAGGUGAUUGAAUAUAAGACUGUUCCCACCCAAAAGGGCAGUCUAGAUCCAAAAUGCAGGCCGUCUCUCUUUGCACGAGUGUCUGGAUUACAAGUUGAUCCAGCACGCAGUACUGUGUCACACCUAGGACUAAGGAUAAAGUAUAACCAGACCUUAGAAUGGCCGGACUUAACGUCUCCAAGAAUAAUCAAAAUACUUGCCGAGGUCACGGACACAGAAUCAGACACAAAAAUGAGGGAAAGCCAGAAGUCAAGGAUACCAGAUAUCAGGGAAGUCAAAACAAAGCCAAAGUCAAAUACCAGAAAAUCAAGAUCAGGAACGCACUCUCGGUUAACCAUAGGCAUGAAACCACGACAGGGCAAUGAGCAAGAGGAGAGUUGGGUUUAAAUAGACAUCCUGUGGAUUGGCUGUAACCGGCUGUAACCGGCCUUUGAACCCAAAGGCAAUUACCAGGUGUGUAUGAUUGCUGCUCAGCACAAACCCUCCUGUGGAUUUGAUUGGCCAUGACCGGCCUUUGAACCCAGAAGUAAUUACCAGGUUUCCAUGUGCAUGAUUGCUGCUUGGCACAACUUUUCCUGUCAGGACGGUAAUGAUGCUCGGCACAACUUUUCCUGUCAGGACAGUAAAUGCCAUUAACCACUUUUUUAUGUGUGGAUGAAUACAUGACAACGAGAGCUACAGCAACCCCAUGCAAUCAUUUUGGCCUUGUUAAGCUUCGUCAGUGAUGAGGAUUCCAUGGUCACUGUACCUUGAAGGGGUAUCAGCUACACCUCACGGACGAGGCCUAAAGUAGGCCGAAACGAUUGUCUGGAGUUGCUGUAUUUCUCGUGCAGAGGGAACUUGCUGGCAUUUGGUUCUGGACUGCCCUUCUUGGUGGGAUCAGUCUGAUAUGGAAAUUGUAUAGUUUACCUUUGUAAUAGCACAAGUGAGCAAAAACAUGUUUAAACCUUUGUGGGUUUCUCCCAGCUUUUGCCCGUUGUCAAAGUUAUCAUAUUCUCUAUAUUUGUUAGUGUUCUAAAAGUUAUCUAAAAAGUGACAGUUUUCUCCAUAGUAAAUUCUGCCAGUUUUCACAGAAGUUCUAGAAUAAAGAGAAGUGAAACCGAAAACUUUUCUGUUGGAAAAAGUAGGGGAGGGAUUGAUAAAUCCUUUUGCUUUGCUAAAUAAAUGGUGUAGAUUAAAAAAAAAUGGUGUUCGGACAUAAAAGAACAAAUAAAAAAACCUGACAGAUAUAAUAAAUUGCUGCAAAAAAUUGCCGACAAUUAGAAGUGAAACUGUCUCCGUGAUAAAUCUCCCCCAUUGUUCUAAUAUAUUGCAUACUAGUAAUAUUCUGAGGGUGGAGAUUGCUUACCAAAGUCGGGCUGUACACUAAAGUAUGAAUUAUAAGGAAUUCAAAUUGAAUUAAAACGUUUAGGCCAAAGUAGAGUAAAACAUAGCUGGCAUUGUCAAAUUUAUACAGAAAAAUGUCCAAUGGAUACAAAGUCCAGAGGACACAAAGAAGUCCCUAUAUUUAUAAGCCGCCUUCAUUGCUACAGAACCCAUUCUACCCCUUCUACAUUGCAAAGCUUAUUAGCGUCUGUUUUUUAUUUUGUGUGUAUUUAUAAGUUUCCUUUUUUCCUCUUUUGUUGUGGUUUAUUUAUUUGUUUUUUUAUUAUUAUCUAAUAAACGGAAUUUCUAAUCAUAUUGCAUAAUACAUGAUUUUCAUAUAGGGACUUCUUUGUGUCCUCUGGACUUUGUAUCCAUUGGACAUUUUUCUGUAUACAAUUUAUCUAAUUCUUAGGGUUACCCCCUUUAACCCCUUAAGGACACAUGACAUGUGUGACAUGUCAUGAUUCCCUUUUAUUCCAGAAGUGUGGUCCUUAAGGGGUUAAGUCCCUUUACACACUCCAGGCCCCCUCUGGAGGUCCUCUCUUUCUCUUGUCCAUUGUCAAAUUUAGCCAAACUGGAAAAAGUGUCAUUCACUUUGACAGUCUGACAAUUUACAUUAGUGAAAAGUCACUGUAAAAUGGACAAUUCGCCUGUAGCACUGGGCAUAAAUUUUUACUUACAAAAGCCAGAAUUACAAUUGUACUUACAAAAGCCAGAAUUAUGCAAAAUAAACAAGGGAAUUUAGGACAGUAGAGACAAGUUAGACAAAAUUACUUAAAGGACCACUCUAGGCACCAAGACCACUUCAGCUUAAUGAAGUGGUCUGGGUGCCAGGUACAGCUAGGGUUAACCCAUUGUUUUAUAAACAUAGCGGUUUCAGAGAAACUGCUAUGUUUAUCAAUGGGUUAAGCCUUCCCCCAAAGCCUCUAGCGGCUGUCUCAUUGACCGCCACUGGAGGCGCUUGCGUGCUUCUCACUGUGAUUUUGACAGUGAGAGCACGCCAGCGUCCAUAGGAAAGCAUUGAUAAUGCUUUCCGAUGCGACCGGCUGAAUGCGCGCGCAGCUCUUGCCGCACGUGCGCAUUCAGCCGACGGGGCGUAUUGGAGGCGGAGAGGAGGAGGAGAGCUCCCCGCCCAGCGCUGGAAAAAGGUAAGUUUUUACCCCUUUCCCCCUUCCAGAGCCGGGCGGGAGGGGGUCCCUGAGGGUGGGGGCACCCUCAGGGCACUAUAGUGCCAGGAAAACGAGUAUGUUUUCCUGGCACUAUAGUGGUCCUUUAACCGGAGAAUAGUUGUGGAAUUGACUACAUUGUUUUUGCUAGUCACAGUUUAUUUCUUAAGUAUUUUUUUUUAUUUUUAUUUAUCAUCUAUAUUAUUUAAUUUAAUUUUACUUUAUUUGUUUCCAGUAUGAUUGGUAUACAAAAGUGACCUCCACUGUGGUAGAUAUUGUGCCCCGAAGCACUGGUGGUGAGUAAAGAGAUUUGUAUAUUAAUUAUGAAAGUAUUUAUAUUAAUGAUAUAUAUUUAUUUUUAAAAUUAAUUUUUUUUAAAAAUGUUUCCUGCAGAUGAUUUGUUGCAUGAUUAUGUCAAAAAAGUGGAAACGAUAAUGAUAAUAGCACAUCUUUUAAUGUUUAAUAUUUGUUAAAUAAAUCAUUUUUCUUUAUUAUUAUACCUUGUCUCAGCCAUAAUGUUUGUGCUGUUUAGAUUUGGAAAAGAUGGAGACUCUAUUUCAAAAGUGGAUGUAGUGGUAAAUCCAUUGGUAACUUGACUAGUAUAAAGGAGACCAUGGACUAUGUGGGGAUAUUUAUGGGAUAAUAAUAGUAAACAGUUGAGAAUUGCCCACUAAUUCAAUUCUCAGAUCCCAAAGAACGUUUAUCGUAAGUGAGAAAUAUUUCAUGUAAUAAUAUCACAAUGUAUAAAAAUAGAUUUUUAUUUAUAAUGACUAAUUAAUAAUAAUAUGUAACAUGCGUGAUAAUAAUCAAUGAAUAUUCAGUAUAAAAUGAUAUGCAAUACAAAGAAAUGGGUAUUACGUUUCAAUGGCUAAAACAGCAUUAUCUGUCAAGACUUCUGAUGAUUUAUGAGGUAUCCUUAACACAGACUGAAAGUGAAACUUUUCACAGUGAAGAACAGAAUUCCUCAGAGUGCAGCAUAAGGUCGUAAAGUUUAGCUGACAGUUAGAAUAACCCUUUCAAUGCUGGCUAGAUCUCCUAGGUAGUUAAGAUCUAUUCUUAUGUAAUUUUAAAUAAAAUAACAUUUAAACCAGUUCAUUAGUCAUUUCCUGGAACCAUCAAAUAAGAGAAUCUACCAUAUUUUAUAAGCAGAUUUUAAUUUGUCUAAAAGAUAUCUUAUCUUAAUUUAGAGCAAAUCAAUACACCUGGAUAAAAACAGCGGUAUGCUAACACGUGAUAAUAUCACAUCAAUAUAUAAUUAUUCUUAAUUCCACCUGCAGAAUGGAAUGUUUAUAACUAUAUAUUCUUUAGUUAACUAAGAUUUCCUAAUAUGGAAAUCUGACCGUGCUUUAUCCAGUCAUAUAUAAUGCUAUUAAUACAUUUUAAUUAAUUUAAUUAAUUAAAUGAAAUCAGUAUAAUUACCAGUUGAGUAGAUAUUUCAUCCGAUUGGUAGUCUCAGGAACUUAUUUGGAUGUCUCUCUGCAUGGAGGUUGGAGUCCCCAAACUUCCAAUUCCUCUCUCCUCUUUUUCCUUCUCCUUUUCAUCUCCUGCAUACCCUGCAUAUCUCUAUCUUCCGUUUGUCUUAACUUUUAAAGGGCCAGACUCUCUGUACGUCAUCAGUUGAUAACCUAAUAGAAGCACUAGAGGUGUGGUUAUCUUCCGGAUCGCAAUUUAGUUAUUUGGUGUAUAGAGGGCAGUCUUGUCCCACUAAACAUACCUAUCCAGGAAAGCGUUAACUUUUCCUGGUGGCUAUUUUGACGUCAUUUUGGCCUAUCUAGAUAGUGGCCAUAACUUACGUAUCCUUCACAGAUCAAAGGGUUUAUUUAAGUUUUGUCCAGACUAUGUGUCUAGCAAUCUGAGUUUUGACCCGAAACUUACAAUGGGACCUUAUAUGUAUAGACAGUUAAAUUGUAUUAUUUAAUCUUCUCUGUCACAAUUGUCUGGGUUUAGAAUUGAUUAUAUUCUUCUUAUCAUUUGUUUAUACUAUGCUAUGCAUUCCUUAGCUCUGGCAAAGUGGCUAGUCUUACAGAAAGAAAUCUUGUGUCUUUUUGUUAACUUGAAAAUAACAAAAUGGAGUCUGGUCUGUUCAGAGUGACUCAGAAUAUACACUUUUAGUUUCUAUCAUAGCACAAAAUGUCUGCCGAUAUAAAUACCCUGACAACUAUAAGGCUAAGUCUUCUUCUCUCUGCAGAAUUAUUUUUUUUAAUCUGCUGCUUGCCAAAACCAUUCUCUUAUUGCAGGAGCUUCAGUCACUAGAAUUGAAGACCAUUAUCUUCACUGAGCAGAGGAAGCUCUCAUGGGAGAUUCUAAAAAAGAAAGCAUUAAUUGCCACAUCAAGAACAUAGCGAGAUAUUGUAGUAGAAGAUUUGCGUGGCAUUCCUAUUUACUGCACAUUUUAGUAUUAUUUAAACAGUAGUAUACAGCUUGAGGCAUGAUGUAGGCUAAUGACAAAUACAGAGCAUAACUAAAAGAGUAUGGUGUAACAUACUAGAGAAAUAUUGUAAAGAGUAGAACCACUGGAAUUAGGUUUAUCAGUAGAUUAGGCUGUUGCACUACACACAAAAGUAAAAACAAUUAAAAUAUAUUCAACUGAUACAGUUACCCUUAGCAAGGCAUACACAUUAUGUAAGACGAGAUGGCAACUUCUGUUCCAUCUUUCUCCUGGUUAUGAGUGCAGAUCAUGCACUUAGGGGAUAAAAAUUUGGAAGUGCGCUUGGUCGAUGUACAAUAAGGUGGAAUCAUAUUCCACAGGAAAGAAUCUCAACAGAACGAAAUGGGGUCAAGCAGACUGGUAACCCAUCCCCUCAAUAUUCCAACAGAUGAAGGUUCUGUUUGGCAGACUUGUAAUAGAUCACAUGGCUUCAUGCAAAACCAGAAAAGUUCAUCACUUAUUAUUGUUAUUAUUUAUAAUUUUCUUUCAACAAGAGACAAGCCAGAUUUGUAUGGAUGAUGUCUCAGUCUCUUGGUAUUUUCAGCUAACCUGUUUAUUCCCUCCUGUGUACUUCCCAUUGUAUUGAGGAAGAUUAGACAGGACAGAUUAGCAUGUAUAACCAUCUGACUAUUUUGACCCAGGAGACUGGUUUAUGGACCUGAUAGAAUGUUUGUGAGGGAGUUAAUGGAAACGUCACAGCCUUCCAAGCAGGCUAAAAUCCAUUAAAGUUUCAAUAAAAAAACCUGUUAACUCCACCCAAUGAUGCUAAAGGAACACUCCAGUCCUUGUAACUACUUCAUCCCAAUUAAGUUGUUAUUGGGGGCUGGAGUUCUUGGGUAUCCUCUUACCCUAUGUUGUUAAACUGGUUUUUUUUUUAUUGUUUAACACAGACAUUGCUGCUCAGGUGGUCAUCACACCCCACCCCCUUAGUUUUCCCCUCAGCUACUGUGGUAAAAAGGAAGCAUUGACUGGUUGUCGUGUGAUUGGCUGAGAGCCACAGCUGAUGCUCUCAGCCUAUCACUGGCCAUUCCAUGAGAGUAAAAGGGUUACCAUUGAUAGGCUGAAAGCAUGGAAGAGGGUAUUUACAGUAAGAAAUCAUUUUCUGCUCCUGGUGCAGUAGAAUAUUAUGUAUCUUUAUAUAUAUAUAUUUUUUUUAUUAUUGUCCCUUUUCUUGCUUCCUUUCCCCCAGAACAUUGUUAUACCCCCAUUCAGUGAAGUGAAUCAUAGUUACUCAACAUCUUUUUUUCUUCCCAGGGCAGUUUGCAGGUAUUUAUGGCACAUUACUCGCUUCAUUCUGCUGGUCUGCAGACAGCCAACGAGUGGUUCUUGAUACGGUGCAGCGCAGUAAACAGGUUAGUCAUGGAUGAAUACAAUGUACUGUGGAUAUACAGAAUCCAUAUAAUUAUCUAACCGAUCUUGUUUGUUUCAGAGUCUGUUUGUUGUGGAUAUAAUAAAUGGAAAGCUGACACCACUCCAAUCCAAAGGUAAGAAUGGAUAUUGGACAAUAUAAUAAAAUGUUUGUACUGGUGAGAUUAAAAUGUGCUUCAGAACUUAAAUAUAGAGGAACUGAACUCUAGUGGAUGAUUCACAUGGGGUGGUGAAGGAAUACAGUGAAAAUCUUUAAUUCAAUUAAUACCUUUCUGAAUGGUGUAGAGUAGAGCAAUGAUGACUCACCUUGGCAGCCUAGGUUUUUGCAAAUUAAAUUUCCCAUGAUGCCGCAUCCCAAAUAUUAGCCACAGCUGGUCUGUCUUUUCUCGUUAGAUCUCUAAAUUAGAAAAUGUAAAUUUAGUUUUUUUACCUUUUCCUUUUUAUUUAAGGAAAUUAUCCACCAGGAUCCUGGAAGGUGUUGGCUAUUGACAGAGAUCUACUUGUUACCUCAUUUUCCUCUCCAAACCACCCACCUACAAUAGUAAUACCUGCAUACUUUUAUUUUUUUUAUAUUGAUAUGAAUUUAUAAAGUUAUGUAUUUAUUUUUGUAAAGAUGGAACCAUGUCUCACGAACUGUGCUACUAAGGUUCUUCUUAUCUGUGCAGAAAGUGGGGUUCUUACCCCCUAAUGGCAAAGAAGAUGACAUCGCAUGGGUUUCAUUGAAGGAAGAUAAUUCUGGUUUUAAUAUAGAUUGGAGUUUCAAAGUCCAUCAACCUCCUCAAGAACAGGAGAACUCAAAGUAUCGUAAGUGACAGCGGAGAACGAAUUGCAUAUGAUAUAGUAGUUAUUUUCCACUGAAAGUACAUCUUGUUCUGACUUACGUUUGUAUAAUUAAGGUCUUCUUCUUUUUACUUAACUACUUGCAUAUUCCUGUAUGUGAGGCUUGUCCUGAGCUGAGCUUUUCCCCGUAAAGGACCUCAGCACAAGCCUCACAUACAGAACUCGUACCAGUCUUCAAAUUCUUCUUUUAUCCUAGGAAUUGAAACUACUGAUGUCCUGAGGUACUACUGAGAGCUGUCCAUCAUACUGAGGACUAAGUCUAUUUAAGGCUAUAAUGCUAGUUUGCACAAUCAAGAUAUAUGUCCUAUUGUGCCACUGAUUUAGUAUGGUACCUUAUACUGAGCUGUAAAUAUAUCACCACACUAGUGAUUGUGGCACCCUGAGCUUUAUAUCUCUUGUAGCUAUACGGAUUUGGUUUUAUGUUUUAAUGCACUCCAAAGCUGAGAUCCAAGGAAACACAAAGCUACAAAAUAAGGUGAAAGCACACCUAAAUGAGUGUGUAAGUGACGUGGAAAUCUGUUUAUCUGGUGCACAGAGCACAUUUCUUUGUGUUGACACACUAAUUGAAACUUAUGUACAAUGUAUAUAUUUGUCUUACUGAUAUGUUUGUAUUACUUGUGGUCUGCAUGCCUAUAAUUUCUUGCCUUCACAAAUGCAAUUUCUCAAUAAAACAAAAAAGAUUUAAAUAUAUAUAUAUAUUGGUGUUAUGUAUGAAAUACUAGAAUGAGAAGAAUGCAUUUAGGAAAUAUCUGUAUCUUUUUCAGCUGGCCUCAAUUUUGAGUCUAUCUUCCUUAAGCCGCAGAACAUCUCUGCUGAGAGCAAAAUUCCCUUGGUCGUCUACCCUCACGGUUAGUAAUACUGCUGUAUUUGAUUAAGGGUGGAGACCUCAAUUUCGAUGUGUUGCACUGUUUUCUAAAUUUUAUAUUAAAUAUCUAGGAAUUGACAUCACAAUCCAGUUCUGCACAGGCACAGGCAAGGCACGCAUUGCAUUGAAUGAGAAACUGAAAGUGAUUCUGUUUCUCCUCCUCUCUCUAUGCUGACUUCACAAGCUGAAAUGAGUUAUAAUUUAAAUCAAACCAUUACUUUCACUAUUAAGUCUCCAUUAUUCUGAUCUUGGUGACUAAUAGUCUCCAUCAUGUCAGACGUGAUGGUGAUUACCUGCCAAUCAAUGUUCCAGGGGGUUGGUGUAAGGGUGAAUGUUCUAUUCUAGAGCGUCGCGAGCUUGUUUAAAGCACAGGAGGAGGAAAGAGAGUGGCGAGGGGCACAGGUGAGCAUGGGAAAUGCCCCGGUAUAUGUGCACUGGGCUGUUCACCCCUUAAGGACACAUAAGAUGUGUGACAUGUCAUGAUUCCCUUUUAUUCCAGAAGAUUGGUCCUUAAGGGGUUAAAGCACCAUUAAUAGAAGUUCUGCCUGCAACGUUCCGACUCAACCUUGACAAAGUCCAUGAAGUUGGGUUGAAACGUUGCUGGUUCCACACAGGUGGAGUACAUCUCUUUGAUAUUUACCUUUGGUGUUGCGGCUCCUUUAUUGGUUUUCUUCUAUAUGUGAGGCAAUUGAGAGUCUUUUUUUUUUUCACCCAAACUUGUGCAGGCAAACAUGAUUUAUAAUUACAACAGACAUUUCAGUUUCCAGUCAGUACUAACCACAAACUGAAAUGCUAGUUAUAAUUAUAAAUCUCGUCCUGCACAGAUUUACACAACAGUUUAAUGCAGACAAAACAGCCGUCCAUGGAAGUGUCCUUUAAUAGCCCUGUGCAUAGAGGCAAAAAUUAGGGACUGUAAAAUUGCAAUAUUAAGUAAGGUAGUAAGUAUUCUGAAUACAAACCGCAAGUGCGGUGUCCCAUGACCUCAUCAGUUCCCUGCAGCAAUUAAAUUGUGUUUUCAAGUCUGUUUAACUAAGUUCUAAUUAAGGGUCAGUGCGUUGCGAGGCCCAUGUUAGCGGAAUAUUAUAGUUAGCUCUUAUUAUAUCCUGGUGUUGUGGGUCCAAUAUCUUUAUUUGAUUGGGGAUGUUCUCACAAACAGGUAAUGAUAAGCAUACUUCAUUUCUGACUUGGUGUUCUCUCCUUUCAAUGUCAGCUACUUUGUUCCUGCAGCUCAGCUCACUGGCCAAUACUGCUAAUGGCUGAACUGUAUGUGUACAAGAGUUAAGACACAACUAUGUUAGAAAUGAGAGUGUAGCCGAAGAAAAGCUAUACACAUUUAAUUAUGCAAAUAAAUUGAGCAUACUAUUGAGGCCAAGAGUUAUGAUACAAUAACGUUUUUUUGUUCUCAGAAUCUGCUUUAAAAUAUAUUGGAUAUGUAAACAUAAUAUAAAAAAUUUCUUUGUAGGAAACGGUCACCACCAAAAUAUUAUAAAGAUUUUUUAAAGUUUUAUUUUUUAUUAUUCAUUAAACAAUUCUACUGUGUCAAAUAAUUUCUUCUCCACUUCAUGUAUUUGUAAUAUACAGCGGUAAUUCUUUUUGGUGUUUCAGUAAUCAUAAGAAACAAAAAAACACAGAUUAACACUAAUUUGUUUAGUGCUUAUGCUUUAUCGUUAAUGGUCUGUAAAUGUAAUCUAAAACUAAAUUGCUGAUAGUAUACUUUUAAGUGAUAGAUUUCCUUAUUCUGUUCCAAUGUCUACCUCACCUAGGAGGCCCACACUCUGCCUUUGUCAGCGAAUGGAUGCUUUUUCCGGCUAUGAUGUGUAACAUGGGUUUAGCUGUACUACUAGGUGAGUGUCUUUAAAGGCAACCCGUCAUUAUUAUUAUUAUUAUCUAUUAAUAAAUCCUAAUGUAUAGUGGUCAGGCUCGUCAAAAAUUCAGUGUUGAAUAGUUUCAAUCCUCUAAAUACUGCACAGUCUUAGCAGAUAAGUUUUAUUUCAGAUUAAAAAGUAUUAAAAAUGGCUGUUCCAUAAACAAGGGUAGACCGGGAGAUACUAUUUUAUGCUAUAACUUCUUAUUAGCAAUUAUAUAGCACUGACCUAUUCUGCAGUGCUUUACAAUUCCAAAAUGGGCAUAGCAUAUCUGAUCACAAGUAAUUGAAAUAGAAAAUACUGACCGAAAGAAGAGUUGGUUGGUAUGUAAGUCUAUAUUUCAUAUAAUAGUUUAUUUUCAGUAUGAUAAAAAAUAGUUUUCCGAGUCACCUUGGGCACAUUCCUGCACAAAUCGUGGGACUGUCCUAAAAUCCAACCUUUCUGGAAGGCAAUUAAUACAAGUUUAUGGAAGUUCUCGGACAAACCACCACCUUGCAAACCUGUGCCAUUCCGCCUACAUCACACCACCACUCCAACCGCUAAAUACAAAAGAUCUAUGUCCAUAGGAAUCCUGAACACGGCCAAACAGAUUAUACUCCUCUACUGGAAAAAAGAGAAACUCCCGCCCCUGACGUGGUUUGACAAAAUGGAGGGUUUACGACGGUUAGAAGAGCUGACCGUUGCAUCCCAAGGCCACACACAGGUUUACGCAGACAUUUGGACACAUUGGCUGCUGAACGCUUACCACCCAGUCCUCCAACCACUACCCUUCUCCCCAAAACACAACCGUGGGGUCAGGGAUGAUAUAGGAGGUGUAGGCCGGAUGGAGGGAUAGACCUUGGGUCACUGGUAGUGAGUAGCUGAUUAAUGGAUAGGAUGAGAGGAGCCUUAUGAUAUGUGACGAGGUGGAAGUUGACUUGCCUAUCACGUUAGGGUCAUCACUCAUUCCCUGAUACAUGACGAGACUAGGUUACAAUGGGAAGAAUUAGCCGUGAUCAGUGACUCGAAGUUAGGGCCUGCCCAGGGAUAACUGUUAGGCCCCGGAAGUCAGGGACACCGGUUGCAAAAGAUUAUACCAUCUGAUUACUGGACUGUGCUAAAUAAUGCUGAAGGACUCGAGGGUCCCAGAUUGUAAUUUUCAGGCACUUGCCAACCAUAUCCUAGUCCCGAGACAAUGCUUAUGUUAUAGACAAGGCUUGCUCUAUGAUGGUUGACUAGGCCCAUGGGACUGGGAGGGCGUCUCAGAGUGCAUAUACAAACUGUUUUUAUGCAAACUCUUGGGUCCCGGUUUAUGUCUUUCUUUUCUUAUUUUUGUUGAAGCUACCUCAGCCCUGCACGGCUGUAUGUAAUGUUACUGUAUACCUUCUAAAAUGAUUACCAUUGACACAUCUGUUUUGAGAAUUGUAAAUGCUUUAAAUGUGGUAACUAAUAAAACUUUUCAUUCACACACACAAAAAAAAUAGUUUUCCUUUUUAAUGACUUUCUUUAGUGAAUUACUUUUUUCAGCUAAUGCAAACCUUUUUCCUUCUUAUGUUGCUUAGUAAAUUAUCGAGGAUCAGUGGGCUUUGGACAGGACAGCAUUCUUUCCCUGCCAAAGAAUGUCGGAGAGCAAGAUGUCAAAGAUGUUCAGGUAACUAUGCUCAGUUGUUACUGGUUUAGCCCAAUUGUGACUGAGCUUUUUCAAAUGUUCCGUGUUUAUAGAGUGUGACAAUUUUUUGCACUUUUGCUGUGCAUCUGUUCCACUGUACUUUUCCAUUUAGCAGAUCCAUAUAUAUUCUAUAUUGUUUUUUUUUUGUGUGUGUGUGUGUGUAUGUAUGUAUGUAUGUAUGUAUGUGUGUGUGUAUGUGUAUAUAUAUAUAUAUAUAUAUGAUUUUUUAGGGCUGCUAAUUAUACAGCCUAACCCUAGCUCACUAUACCGAACCCUAUGUAAUCUUUACACUAAGCCUAACAAUGGACUGUUUAGUAGAUUGACCUCCAAGUUGUAUGAUCACUUUGAGAUCCAAUGAAAUCCUAAUUUCUAUGUCUGUUUCCUGCUGCUCAGGACCGGUUCCAUUUAACACCUCUGUGCAGUUAUUGCUGCAAUUAUUCCCAGUGUUCCACCCCAUCCUGAAACCUCUCUGCUAUGAUUUUUCUAAACUUUGCCUUUACAGUUUGCAGUGGAGCAAGUUCUGCAAGAAGAAUCUUUGGAUCCAAACAGGGUCAUAAUAUGUGGAGGAUCACACGGUGGCUUCUUGUCGUGUCAUUUGAUUGGUCAAUACCCAGGAUUCUAUAAAGCAUGCAUUGCUCGCAACCCAGUGACUAACCUGCUCUCAAUGUUUGGAUCAACUGAUAUACCAGACUGGUAAGGUGACAACAUAGCUUACUUAACCACAUCUUUCCUUCAAUUUAAAAUCAAUCUCUUGGCAUGUUAAUAGGUCUUCUGCUCUUAUCUAGGUGUUUGGUGGAAUCCGGUAUCCCUUACUCUUACCAGGCUGCACCGAAUCCUUCUCAAUAUGGGGAAAUGUUAGAUAAAUCCCCUAUCCGAUAUGUCUCUCAGGUAUGUCUUAUGCACAUAGAAGAGAAAAAAUGGGUACUCCGUAACCAGUAAAGAAAGUGUUUUAGAUAUUGCAUUGUUAACGGGUUCGUCGUGUGAUGGAAGGAUUACUGAAGGUAUUGCUAGAUGAUGUGGAGAUAGUUGUAAUUCUGUAAUGAUGGCUCAUUUAAAAUGAAAUGGUACUAGUGAACGUUAUUUUUCUUGAAUAGUGUGUCCUAAUACUUCUAAAUAACAGUGCAAAAACAAACAUUUGGUUGUCUGUCAUUCAUAAAAAUUAGCAGAAAAGUUAUUUAACCCCUUAAGGACACAUGACAUAUGUGACAUGUCAUGAUUCCCUUUUAUUCCAAAAGUUUGGUCCUUAAGGGGUUAAAAAGGUUAUCCCAGGACAGCAUGCACAAUGUCUCAAUAGUGUAUGGUCAUUUAAUUUUUGUUUUGUUUUUUGUUUUUUUUUGCACAAACUGCCAUAGAAACAAACUUACAAUCUUAAACAAAUACACGAGUGAUACCAGCAUAUGCAACAAAAACAUGUUAAUGUAUGUAAAAGCAGCUGGGUAACUUGCAUCAUGAAAAUAAUUUUAACAUUAGUAAAAUCUGGUUGGUUUGGCUUAUUUUUUUAUUUUUUUUUACAAGCAUUGCCAAAAGCAAGAACCGGUCUGGGACCUUUUGUUAAGGAAAAAUUAGUGAGCAUAAAUAUUAGAGAAUCAAACCUUUUUUGGAUUGGAAAAACACCUCAUGUUACUAGAUCACAACAUAAGAAAAAGGCAUUAAAAGUUCCCUUAAGCUUUAAAGUUUCACUUUAGCUUGCUGUAGCACAUACAGUUAAAAAAAUAAAUGUUAAAACAUGUGUGCAUGUGUAUAUACAUAUAUAUUAAAAUUCCCUCGUUUAUUUAAUUUUAUAGAACUUUAACAUGUAAAGUCUGAAGUCUAAGCCAUUUAAACUCAUUGCAUUGAUGCUGUUCUUAGGUUAAGACCCCGGUCCUAUUAAUGCUGGGAGAGGAUGAUCGCCGAGUGCCGAACAAGCAGGGCCUGGAAUAUUAUAGAGCAUUGAAAGCUCAUGAUGUGCCUGUACGGUAAGUACAAGUCACAUACUGUUCAGCUGCUUAAAAUCUCAUUUUGGUUAAUCCUCCUCUACUCACAUGAAGUUGUAAAUCCAAUACUUUUUUACAUGUUCCACUUUCUUACAGGCUUCUUUGGUACCCUGGAAAUAACCAUGCACUAGCCAAGGUGGAUGCAGAAUCAGACAAUUUUAUGAAUAUCGCACUGUGGAUCCAGAAAUGGUUAAAAUAA